CUUCUUCUUCGAUUCAUACUUAUAUAUUAUAUUAUGGUGGUUGCGCUUGGAUUUGAAGGUUCAGCAAACAAACUUGGCGUAGGGAUUAUACGACAUGACAAUGAUAAUGUUGAUAUAUUGGCCAAUGUCCGUGACACUUACAUCACUCCUCCUGGUCAAGGCUUUUUACCAAGAGAAACCGCAGAACAUCAUCGUGAAUGUAUACUCAGAGUAUUACAACAAGCUUUAAAGGAUGCUAAUAUGACACCAGCCGAUAUUGACGUUAUUUGCUUUACAAAAGGACCUGGUAUGGGAGCUCCACUCACCUCUGUGGCUGUUGUAGCGCGUACUUUAUCAUUAUUAUGGAACAAACCUCUGGUAGGUGUCAACCAUUGUAUUGGACAUAUUGAAAUGGGUCGACAAGUGACAAAAGCAAGUAAUCCAGUUGUAUUAUAUGUUAGUGGAGGAAAUACUCAAGUGAUCGCUUAUUCUCAAAAUCGGUAUCGCAUCUUUGGUGAAACGUUGGAUAUUGCCAUUGGAAAUUGUCUUGAUCGAUUUGCUCGUAUAUUGAAUUUAUCCAAUGAUCCUAAUCCUGGUUAUAAUAUUGAACAAUGUGCCAAAAAAGGCUCCAAAUUUAUUCAGUUACCAUAUACAGUUAAAGGCAUGGAUGUAUCAUUUUCAGGGAUCUUAUCUUAUAUCGAAACAUUGGCAAAGGAAAAAAUACCAAGUGGUGAGGUGACACCUGAAGAUUUAUGUUAUUCAUUACAAGAAACAUUGUUUGCGAUGUUAGUGGAAAUCACUGAAAGGGCAAUGGCACAUGUGGAGUCAAAUGAAGUUUUAUUGGUUGGCGGUGUUGGAUGUAAUGUGCGUUUACAAGAAAUGAUGGAACAAAUGUCUGCACAAAGAAAUGCUGUUACUUGUGCUACUGAUGAACGAUUUUGUAUUGAUAAUGGAAUCAUGAUUGCCCAUGCAGGAUUACUAGCUUAUCGAACUGGAUUUACUACACCUCUGGAAAAGAGUACAUGUACACAACGAUUUAGAACGGAUGAAGUUUAUAUUGCAUGGCGUGAUGAUUAAUGAUAAUUGUAGAUCUAUUAGUUAUCCUUAUUGUUUUUUUUUUUUUUGUUAUCAAUAAAGAUAUCCUGUGUUAUUUAUUUAAUUA